AUGAUGGGGAUCUUUCUAGCUUAUGUUGGAUUCAUUUUCUUUUCAGUUAUGUAUAUUCAACAAGGACUUUCUACCCAAGCAAAAUUCACUGAAUUUCCCCAAAAUGUCACAGCCAUUGAAGGGCAGAAUGUGGAGAUGUCUUGUGCUUUCCAAAGUGGCUCUGCUUCGGUGUACCUUGAAAUCCAAUGGUGGUUUCUACGGGCAGCUGAGGACCAAGAGGCUGGAGCUGAGGUGACAGGCACCCAGGUGGAGCUCUUGCCCGAGAGGGACCUGGACAGCGACGGCACGAAGAUCAGUACAGUGAAAGUUCAAGGGAAUGAUAUCUCCCACAAGCUGCAGAUUUCAAAAGUGAGGAAAAAGGAUGAAGGCUUGUAUGAGUGCAGGGUGACCGAUGCCAACUAUGGAGACCUUCAGGAAUACAAGGCCCAGGCAUUUCUCAAAGUCAAUGCUAACAGCCACUCUCGGCGAAUGCAAGCCUUUGAGGCAUCUCCAAUGUGGUUGCAAGACAUGAAACCUCGUAAAAACAUCUCAUCAGCUGUUCCAAGUAGCAUCCAUAACUCUGCCAAUCAGCGUGUGCGUGUCACCUCCAGCCCUGAAGCAGCAGCCAAAAUCCCCAAACAAAGUCCACAAUCAGCAAAGAGCAAAUCGCCUGUAAAAUCCACGGAGCGGACAGCAAAGUUGACCCUAACCUCCAACCACCACUCUGCACCCAAUGUACUCUAA